CGGUCAUGUGAUCAGCUGUGUCCAAUCAGAGCUGAUCACAUGGGACAUGUACACAGAUCAUAAGAGCACUGAUGAUCAGUGUGCCCUGAUGAUCUGUGUAGCCCCAACAGCGCCACCUGCCAGUGUCCAUCAGUGCCAGCUCUCAGUGCUCAUUCAUGCCACCUGCCAGUGCCCAUCAGUGCCACAUCAAUGCCACAUAUCAGUGCCCAUCUGAGCUGCCUUUCAGUUUCACCCAUCAGUGCCAGUCAGUGCCACCUAUCAAUGCCAGUCAGUGCCACCUAUCAGUGCCAGUCAGUGCCGCCUAACAGUGCCAGUCAGUG